CAAGAGCAGACGUACGCACGUGUUGGUUUAGGAGAGAAAUACAAAAUGCCCCCAAAAACGCCAUCUAAGGGUUCUAAGAAGAGCAAUCCAACUUGGGGUGAAUGUAAAAACUGUGGGAUUCUUGUGAGUGAUAAAGAUCAGCAGAAACAUUCCGUAAACUGUACCAAAACGGAGCAGUUGGACUUGAAAUCGUUAGGGCAUGGGUUCAUACGUGGUGCAACAUUGUAUGCCAUGGUGUGUCACAGCGCAAUUGAAAAAGAUAAAGAACUCAAACUUCCAACAUCUCUUAAGGGAGACUUGGUACUACUUCACCCAAGCACAAUGAAACUUUGUAAUAUGUCCAUAGGGAAACCAGUGAUCUUGAACACAAUGUGGAUGAUGACUGCUUGGCCCAGCACUGCCAUUGCAUUAUCAGGUGUAGGGCUAACAGAACAUCAGAGGGAUGCAUUGGGUGUAGGCAUUGAUAACACUGUUACUGUGGAUGCUUUUGUGGAUCCUCAUUUGGCAGCAACAGAAGCUGUUAUGGUGGCAGGGGAGUUCAAGGAUUUUAUGUCAAGUCAGGAUUUCAAAGAUUACUUAAAGCAAUAUCUAAACAAAAAAUACUUAUGCACUGGGAAUGAGCUAGUUGUGAAGUAUUAUGGACAACAGUGCAGAUUGCAAGUAUCACACGUGACAGGCCCAAGGCUGGAUUUACCUAAGACCCUACCCAGUGUAUUUGGUGCUAACAGUGAUUACGAUAAGGUUAACCUGGUUGUUGAUAUGUCUCAUUUAAGUUUUAGUGAACACUCUGAAAACAAUGAAAAUGUCAAGCCGAAUGAUAGUUCUUUAAAUCGGUCAUCUUUGUUGGAUAAUGAUGUAUCAAAGAAUUCAGACCUGAACUCAGAAUCUCUUCAGAGUGAAAGGUCUGUGGAAGAUAGCAGUUCGCCAAGCCUUCAGACAUCUUCUCCUGUUAAAAAAGUUUCAGAUCUUGACAAAAGUUCUAGCAGUAUGUUUCAAACUCCCCAGCGCCAACAACCUUGUAAUGGUCAGAGUAAUACAUUUUAUUUCAUAAACAAGUCAACAAACAUUACAGUAAUUUUCGAUGGAUAUUGUGAGGACAAGGAGGCCAGACAAAAAGACAGGAUUGGAUACAGCAGUAUAGGUGGACUGGUCAAGCAGCUGGACUCUAUAAAGGAAAUGGUAGAAUUGCCACUGAAGGAGCCUGAACUUUUCAAGGCAUUUGGUUUACCACUUCCUAAGGGUGUGUUGUUAUAUGGUCCCAGUGGUACAGGAAAGACUCUGCUGCUGAGAGCUGUAGCUAGUGAAACCAGUGCACAUGUCAUCAUGCUGAGUGCUCCAGAAAUUUGGAGCAAAUUUUAUGGAGAGACAGAAGCACGUAUUAGAAGGAUUUUUCAAGAGGCCAUAGACAAAGCGCCAAGUCUGGUGUUGAUAGAUGAACUGGAUGCCCUAUGUCCAAAGAGGGAAAGUAGUAACAGUGGCUUGGAGAGAAGAGUUGUGGCUUCCUUACUAACACUACUGGAUGGUAUAGAACAGCAGGGUUCCAGACUGGUAUUGGUGCUAGCAGCCACUAACAAACCUGACAGUAUUGACCCAGCUCUGAGGAGACCAGGGAGACUGGAUAGAGAGAUUGAGAUUGGGAUCCCUACAGCUAGAGAUAGGGAGGAUAUACUUCAGAAAUUACUUUCAAAGGUGCACCAUUCACUAAGUGCAGACAAUAUAAAAACACUGGCUGACAGUGCUCAUGGUUUUGUAGGGGCUGAUUUAGCUAAUGCCUGUAAAGAAGGUGGGCUGCAUGCCUUAAAGAGCCAUAUAGCUAAGCAGGGAGGUGACAGUUCCGUGCCUGUACUUGUAACCAUGGAUGACAUGGUCUUUGGCUUAAAUUCUGUGAAGCCAAGUGCAAUGAGGGAAGUUGCAAUUGAUGUGCCAAAGGUGUAUUGGUCAGACAUAGGAGGGCAAAAUGUGUUGAAGGAGAAGCUGAAACAGGCAGUUGAAUGGCCACUUAAACAUCCAGAGGCUUUUGUUAGACUUGGGAUCAGACCCCCAAGGGGAAUCCUGAUGUAUGGGCCACCAGGCUGCUCUAAGACCAUGAUUGCUAAAGCUCUGGCAACAGAAAGUGGUCUCAAUUUCAUAGCCAUCAAGGGCCCGGAGCUGUUUAGUAAGUGGGUGGGAGAGUCAGAGAGAGCUGUCAGAGAGGUGUUCAGAAAGGCCAGGGCAGCAGCACCCUCUAUUGUGUUCUUUGAUGAGAUUGAUGCUCUGGCUGUUGAGAGGGGAAAAUCAAGUGGAGGAAGCAAUGUAGCUGAUCGGGUCUUAGCCCAACUGCUGACAGAAAUGGAUGGAGUGGAUAAACUCCAGGAUGUCACUAUUGUGGCUGCUACUAACAGACCUGAUAUGAUAGAUAAAGCUCUGUUAAGACCAGGACGUCUGGAUAGAAUUCUGUAUGUUCCUCUACCAGACCAUGACACCCGCAGGGACAUCUUCCUGAUACAGUUUCGAAAAACCCCCGUGGGAGCUGAUGUCGACAUUGAAGAGCUGGUGUCAUCAACGCAGGGUUAUUCAGGAGCAGAGGUGGCAGCAGUUUGUCAUGAGGCUGCCCUGUGCGCCAUGCAAGAAGACAUUAGUGCUUUGUGUGUUACGCGAAGUCAUUUCAUGCAAGCUCUAACAGCUGUCACACCUAGGAUAAGUCAAGAUUUGCUGAAUUUUUAUGAAGAGUACCAAAAUAAAACAAGACUGCUCAAAGUGAGCUAACAUAAGAUUAUAUAUGUACUGUAGCUUGCAAACACUGUCUGGAUGCAUGCAGUUCCAAUAGUUGCCCAUUUAAGGAAAUUUUUUUCUAGAUUUGAUUGAUUUUGUGCAGUAAUAAUAUUCAAUCCCAAUUGUGUGAAUGUUUACUUUUCCCUCAGCCAAGAAUAAUUGUUAUUUUAAUCACAAGUGCAAAAUUGGUUUUAGAUAAGGUAAAAACUUAAAAUGCGUUACAGCAAAAACUGCAAACAAUUCUGACUAUUGUAACAUUGUAUAAGGCUUAAGUGUAUUUGUUUUAACAUGUAUACAAUCGUCAUCCAAACAAUGACAGAAACAAAUAAACACGUGAAAAUCUUGUACUUGCAAUUAAUCUUGUUCUGUCAUAUCACAAGAUGAAAAUACAUUUAAAUGUACAAUGCUUGUACUGCAUAGUACUAGUAAAUGUAAA